CGGAGCGGUUCUCGCGCGCUGGAGGCGGCCAAGUCAUGGACCGCAAUCCUUCUCCGCCGCCGCUGAGUCGGGACGGGGACGAGGAGGAGGAGGCGGCCGGGGGGGACUGCAUAGGCAGCACGGUCUACAGCAAGCACUGGCUCUUCGGCGUCCUCAGCGGGCUCAUCCAGAUUGUUAGCCCUGAAAACUCCAAAUCCAGCUCAGAUGAUGAGGAGCAGCAGAUGGAGCUUGAUGAAGAAAUGGAGAAUGAAAUCUGCAGAGUGUGGGAUAUGUCAAUGGAUGAGGAUGUGGCUUUGUUUCUCCAAGAAUUUAAUGCUCCUGACAUAUUUAUGGGAGUAUUGGCCAAAUCCAAGUGUCCUCGAUUAAGAGAAAUCUGUGUGGGAAUUUUAGGUAAUAUGGCCUGUUUCCAGGAGAUAUGUGUGUCCAUCAGCAGUGACAAAAAUCUUGGCCAGGUAUUAUUGUACUGUUUGUGUGAUUCAGACCCUCCUACUCUGCUGGAAACAAGCAGGUUGUUGCUUACUUGCCUUUCCCAGACAGAAGUGGCCAUUGUCUGGGUUGAAAGAAUCCGAGAACAUCCAGCUAUUUAUGAUAGCAUUUGCUUCAUCAUGUCAAGUUCAACAAAUGUUGACUUGCUGGUGAAGGUCGGGGAGGUUGUGGACAAGCUCUUUGAUUUGGAUGAGAAGCUAAUAUUGGAAUGGAUUAGAAAUGGGGCUGUUCAGCCUCUGGACCAACCCCAGGAAGAUUCUGAACAGCAGCCAGUGUUUCGAAUUGUGCCCUGUGUACUUGAAGCUGCCAAACAAGUACGUUCUGAAAAUCCAGAAGGGCUCGAUGUUUACAUGCAUAUCUUACAGCUGCUGACUACAGUGGAUGAUGGAAUUCAAGCAAUUGUACAGUGUCCUGACACUGGAAAAGACACUUGGAAUUUACUCUUUGACCUGGUGUGCCAUGAAUUCUGCCAGUCUGAUGAUCCACCCGUCAUACUUCAAGAGCAGAAAACAGUGCUAGCCUCUGUUUUUUCAGUGUUGUCCGCCAUCUAUGCCUCACAGGCCGAACAGGAGUAUCUAAAGACAGGAAAAGUAGAUCUUCCUCUAAUUGACAGCCUGAUUCGUGUCUUACAAAAUAUGAAACAUUGUCAAAAGAAACCAGAGAACUCAGCAGAGUCUAACACAGAAGAAACUAAAAAGUCUGAUUUAACCCAGGAUGACUUCCACUUGAAAAUCUUGAAGGAUAUUUCAUGUGAAUUUCUUUCUAAUAUUUUCCAAGUUUUAACAAAGGAGACUGUAGCUCAGGGACUAAAGGAGGGCCAGUUAAGCAAACAGAAGUGUUCCUGUGCAUUUGAAAACCUUCUUCCUCUCUAUAACCCUGUGGUAGAAGACUUCCUCAAAAUCCUACGUGAAGUUGAUAAGACCUUUGCUGGUAACCUGGAGGAAAGCUUCCCAAGUUUGAAGGUUCAGACUUAAAAACUAUUGGAAUUCCUCUGCUGAAGAAAUGAACUCUAUUUUCCUUGCUGACAGUUGAAAUUGACAAACAAGAAAUAUUAGACCAUAAUUGUUUGGUUUUAUACUCAUGCCCUUCUCCUCCAGCCUUAUCUCAUUUUUGUUUGGCAUUGGAAUCUAGCUUCACUACCAUCAAACAUCAUCUCCCCCGCCCCCCGCCACUUCUUUUUUGUAUUGGUUGUGCAGUCUUUUGUCUUCUUCAGGUAAAGAAGACAAAAUACAAGCUUAUCAUUGAGGUUCUUUUUAGAAUAUUUGAGGGGUUGGUGAGGAUUUUCUUUGUAACUCUUAAUUUGAUUUUUACUCAGAAUUUUGUAUUCAUAUCCACUACAAGUACAUUCACCUGCACUAGUAGAAAACCCUACUAUAGUAGUUGCUUAAUCUGAUAACUUGUAUGUAUUUUAUGCAAUAAGAAGUCCAGAGGUGGGCAGUCCAGCCCUGAUAAGGUGGCUCAGGGACCCUGACUCCUUUCACCUCUAUGUGGUCUGCCAGGUAGACCUCUGUGUUCAUUUUUAUUGUCUUGUGGUUAAGGGGACUAUAAUAUCUCUGGUCCUUUCUUCCACAUUCAGGGAGGAAAAGGGAGAAAGAAGCAAAGGGGCUUUCUUCUAGCAAGUCUUUACCUUUUUAUUUGUAAAGGACAGCCCUCCCUGGCCAGAACCAUGUCGCAUAGCCGUUCCUAACUGCAGGUAUUUGAAAUCAAGUACUUUUUUCUUUCUAGCCUCUGCAGGAGAGAAAGGAGAGAGAGAAGGGAGAUAUGAAUGGCUUUUGAGUGUACCCAAUCCAUGAUGUUUGCCACAAUAUGCAAACCUGUCUAUCCAUUUUACUUGUAUUGACUCCAUGCUAGGUUGUUAGUAACAAUUAAAAGCAAUUACUAGUUUAGCUUUGUUAUAGUUCAGUUUUUUUUUUCCCAAUGUUUUAUGUAUGAAGAUGGAAAUGCUAACAUUAUGAUAAAAGCACAUUAGCAAAAUUCUCUGUCUUCAGAGAAGAUAGAAUAACAGUGGUUUAAUUUCAGAAAGUGAUUUGCUUGAGUGACUUCAGAUUUUUAAAAUUAAGAUUGAGGGAGUUUCAUAACUUCUGAUUGUUUAUAAACUGCUACACGUGAUUUCCCUCUCAUACUUUAUCAUUCUUUAUAGUGCUUCUUAAUGAAAUAUAUUCAGAGAAUCAACCAGGUACACUUAUAGGAAGCACCCAGUUUGCAUUAUUUCCGUUACUGAAAGUGGACUUUUAAUAGAUUUUCAGAAAAUAUCAGUUAUGAAUGAAAAAGCCAGCUUUUUAAACCUCUCUUCUGGUGUAGCCUCUUUUCAGUUUAUUGCAGAAUCUUUUAGGCUUUAAAGCAUUGGUCUUGCCUCACACUUUGUAUUCUUUCCUUGAGUGACUUUUGCUGAUAAAACACAGGGGUGUCCUGUGUUAUUUAUAAGAGAUAUAUCAAUAUAAUUUCCAGUUUGGGGAUAGUUUUAUUGUUGAAAGUAUCCCUGCUGAAAAGAAUUGAACUAUAAAAUUAAAAUCGUACCGAUUAAACUCUAAUUGGUAGGUUUACUUUACGUGUAUUUGUAUGUCUUUGGUGAUGACCUUAUCCACAGGUUGAACGUGACUUUAAUGUGAGCUUUCAAAGGCACCGAUGAAAUCACUCCUACCUGCUAGCCAGUGCUAAAAAUUCCACUCUUGUUAUCUCUUGAAGCUUAAGGUUAAGAUGCAAAUAACCCCAUAAGAGUAACACUCCAAGUUACUGUCAUGUUUACCUCAGUGCAUAAAUUCACACUCUGUUUUCCUGAGAGCACAUUUUAAAAGGGGGAGCACAAGGAUCUUGAGUUUCUGAGUAAGAGUGCCCCGCAGAGUGGGUAAGUUACAGAGGGAGAAAAAGGAUACAUCAUGGGGAGGCUAGGGAUGUCCAGGUUAUUUUCUACUUCCCAUUUCUGUCUUGAACCUGCCUUAUUUACUUGUUACUUCUUGCUAUUGUAACAUUAUGAGGUAGUACGUAUUUUCAUAGUACUUUGAUAUGUUUGAAAACUUCCUAAAUCUAUCAAUUAUAAUAAAUAGUUUUUUUUUAAGUGA